AUGUGUCUUCUUUUACAAGGUCUGGAGACUAAUCCACUACUAGAAGAUGUAAAAAAUGAAAGUAUCAAAGUUGAAGGCUCAAACUCAGACUGUUUAAACAGCAAUGAAAAUGAAAUUCAAGAUGACGAAAAUGAUUUGAAUGAAGCUCGAAAUGAAAUUAAUGACCCACUGGUGAGCUCAGACAAAGAGUUUGAAAGCGAAAUAAGUGAGGUAACUGAUUGCGACGAAGGUGAUUGUAAAAGCGGAACCGAGGAGACUGGAAGUGAUGAUGACGAUUCAGACGACUUAGAAGAACUUCUUAUGUUUUCAUUAAUUUAG